AUGACUUGGAAACAAAAAAUCUAGAAGAAAAAAUACAAUGUUUGUUGCUCGCCGUCUUCAUCUUUCCUGCAAAUAUGGUGCUGCAAAUAUUCUCAGAGGGAAAAGGAUUCAAUCAUUCAAUUACAGUAAAUCAACAAAACGGAGCAGUGGAAAGACAGAUGUUAACCCUCAGUUGCUUACAGGAACUCAAACUUAUCCACGCUCACGUCUUCGUUAUGCUGCUGUAUUUAGCUUUUAAAACUUUUUGUUGCUUUCAUUUGUUUUUGAAUUAUUUAGAUCUAUUCUCUGUUAAUAAAAAAAAACUAUUCGAUGCUAUAUGUUUCCUUUUACUUCAGCCAGCACUCGUGCUUGGGUUUACUGGAUUCAUCGGGUUUCUUCAUUACAACGACGAAAGGAGAGCUGUUCCUAAAGGUAUAACAAGCAGCAAUAGCGGUUGUGGUUGUGGUUCUAAUACAACUGUCAAAGGUCCGAUCAUCGGAGGUCCAUUCACGCUUAUGAGUACACAAAACAAGAUUGUCACCGAGAAAGAGUUUUGUGGUCAAUGGGUUCUGCUCUACUUUGGAUACUCGUUUUCCCCCGAUGUUGGACCGGAGCAGUUGAAAAUGAUGUCCACAGCAGUUCAUCCAUUAGAGUCUAAUCAUGACCAGAAGAUUCUGCCUGUCUUUGUCACUCUUGACCCUCUACGAGAUACACCUUUUCAUCUCCAUGCCUACUUGAAAGAAUUUGACAGUAGGAUACUUGGACUGACUGGAUCCGCAAGUGCAAUUAGGCAAAUGGCGCAAGAGUAUCGUGUUUAUUUCAAGAAGGUCCAAGAAGAUGGUGACGAUUAUCUCGUUGGUACUUGUCACAACAUGUACUUGUUGAAUCCAAAGAUGGAGGUUGUCAGAUGCUUUGGGAUUGAGUAUAAUCCAGCUGACCUCUCACGAGAGGUUCUUAAAGAAGUUACUUCCGUUUCAUAUAUAGCUAGUGACGCAUUUUGAGAAUACCCAAAGAGAGCUGUUCACAGAAAGAAACCUCUAAGAUGUUUUGAAUAUUUUGGUCUACUGGUCGAGAACCUUGUUUCCGUUUCUCUGGAGAAUAGCGAUUUUAUAUUGGUUAGUUCACUAAUUUAGUGUGUAUUAUAAGUUUUAAUAAAUUAAUAUGAAGUUUUAAUAAAUUAAUUGAUAAAAAAUUAGAAGUUUAGAACGUUGCUCAUGUACUAUGAAAGAUAAUUUAACAUACAUUAAUACAAAUGAAGAAUGUGAUUAUAAAUUUUAAAACAACAGUGAAGAAUAUAGGUUUCAGAAUAUAUAACAUUUACCAAAAAACCUUAAUAUUUUCGUAAGGGUAUAUAUAGAUUUUG